CGGUAGGGAUUCGCCGUAUAUAUAAGAUGGCGGGAAUAACAACUCCAACACAGUAGUAGCUUCUGCGCCUGAAUUGUAUACUUUGAACAAUUGACCGCGUAUUUCCCCUUGCCUUUGUCCGAAGCACGCACUUCUGACCGCAACCGGGAUCCCUCCAACAACCCUAACGAUAUCCCCGGGCUAUACUAUACACCUUAAAUCGCGAUGGAUGUCGUGCUCGAUGUCCUCGACACAUUCGUCCUCGAUCGAGUGUACGCCUCAGUCUUGCCAGGUGGAAAUAAUAGUACCUCAGAUUUUGAUACUUCGUUCCUUCUGAACCAACAUGUUGGCCGUUACUACCCUCUUCAACCCUCGCAAUGGGCGACCGCCAGUCGCUGGAAGCGCGAUGACCUGCCGAGACAAGCUACCUCGCUGUUGUUUAUCACAUGGCUCUUCGGUCUAGCCAUAUACUUCAUCGGCAGCACCAUCUUUUACCACACAUGGUGGGACAAGUCCCUGCUCAAACAUCCACGGUUCCUGAAGAACCAAGUCCGUCUGGAAAUCGAGCAAGCCCUGUUCUCCAUUCCGAUAAUGGCUAUCCUCACGGUUCCGUUCUUCCUAACCGAGAUUCGCGGCUGGUCCAAGCUGUACGAUUUCGCCAGUGAAGCUCCGUUCCCUGCAUACAACUGGCUUCAGUACCCACUGUUCGUGGCAUUUACAGAUUCCGGGAUCUAUUGGAUUCAUAGAGCGGAGCAUCAUCCUCUGGUAUAUCGGUGGUUGCACAAGAGACAUCACAAGUGGCUGGUGCCGACACCUUUUGCAAGUUUCGCGUUCAAUCCACUGGACGGGUGGGCACAGAGUCUCCCGUACCACGUCUAUCCGAUACUGUUCCCAUUGCAGAAGGGUGCAUAUCUGGGAUUGUUUGUUUUCGUCACACUGUGGACGGUUCUGAUCCACGACGCCGACUGUCUUUCCCAUUCUGCUGUCAUCAAUGGCCCUGAAUGCCACACCCUGCACCACUUGUACUUCAACUAUAACUAUGGGCAGUUCACAACGUUCUGGGAUCGCGUUGGAGGAACCUAUCGGAAAGCCCGCGGCGACGAGUUCAAGACCAUCAAGAGUCAAUAGGAUGCACGCGCAUAAAAUUGCUCGCCUAUAGGGGUGCAGCACUGCUAUAUGACUCGAGUUCAUACCGCCGGUCGGGAAAACCGGUCAUUGAGCCUAAUCGUGUAAUAUUAAUGUUAAUAAUGUUAAUAAUGGAUAGAAUGGUCCCUGAUCUGUACAUAAUAUUAGACAAGACAUAUCGAACUAUGUC